UAGACAGUCAAACGGGAGUCUGUCCGAGAACCGACAGAUAUUUUUAGGAAGUGGUACAAGGAACGAGAACUUCAAAAAAAAAAAAGACCAAAAAUCACUGCUGAGCCACUAAAUAAUGCAGACUAUGACGGAAACUGCUUCGAUCACAGUGUGUCUGGAGUCAUGGCAUUUGGUCACUUUGGUGUGUUGAAGAAAACAGACAUCCAACUGAUACGUUUGUGCACACAGAGCACAUCUUUGUUGUGCUUUGAAAGAGAAGAAGCUCAUCAAAAAAUAAAGCUGAUGACUGAUCAUUUAAAGAAGGAGCAUAUUUGACAGCUUUGUAAUCCCAGGUUUUCCCUCCUCAGCUCUGUCCCUUUGUGCGCAAUGGAUGAGCCUCUGCUGAGUGGUGUCUCUGGAUCUGUCAGGGCGUGCUGCUCCUUCAGCACCUUAAAGUCCUGGCUGCCGAUUCUCUCCUGGCUGCCAAAGUACAACCUGAAGUGGCUUCGGAUGGACGUCCUGGCAGGUCUCACCGUUGGGCUGACGACUGUUCCACAGGCACUGGCUUACGCUGAAGUAGCUGGUCUUCCUGUGCAGUAUGGACUGUACUCUGCCUUUAUGGGGGGCUUCAUCUACACCCUCCUGGGGACCUCUAAAGAUGUGACGCUGGGUCCCACAGCCAUCAUGUCCCUCCUGUGUUUCUCGGUGGUGGGGGGUCAGCCCCACCGAGCCGUGCUGCUUAGCCUGCUGUGUGGACUCAUCCAGGCUGUGAUGGCUUUACUCAGAUUAGGCUUCCUUCUGGACUUCAUUUCUUAUCCUGUUAUAAAAGGCUUCACAUGUUCUGCUGCAGUGACGAUAGGCUUUGGCCAGGUCAAGAAUAUUCUGGGACUUCAAGGCAUUCCCCAGGCGUUCGUCUUGGAGGUUUACUACACCUUCGCCAAGAUCCCAGAGGCCAGGGUUGGUGACGUGGUCCUGGGUGUGCUCUGUCUUGCUCUUCUGGUCAUGCUCAUGCUCAUGAAGACGAACCUGGGCUCUGAUGACGCGCCCACCUACUCCAGAUUUGCACAGAAACUAGUGUGGACUGUUGCCACCAUGCGUAAUGCCCUUGUGGUUGUGGCAGCCUCCAUUGUAGCAUUUUCCUGGGAUGCUUAUGGUCAUCACGUGUUCACAAUUACCGGGAAGACUUCCCAGGGGCUCCCUGCUUUCAGCCCCCCGCCCACAUCAGACACCACAGACAAUGGCACUGUCGUCACCUUUGGAGAGAUUGUAGAGGGCUUUGGAGGAGGGCUUGCAGUGAUUCCUUUCAUGGGUCUGCUGGAGAGCAUUGCUAUUGCUAAAGCUUUUGCCAGUCAAAACAACUACAGGAUCGAUGCCAACCAGGAGCUGUUAGCAAUUGGUGUGACCAACAUUAUGGGCUCCUUCGUAUCAGCCUAUCCUGUUACUGGCAGCUUUGGCAGGACAGCGGUGAACUCCCAGACAGGGGUGUACACUCCAGCUGGAGGGAUUGUCACCAGUGCAAUAGUGUUGCUUUCUCUGGCCUACCUCAUGCCAGCCUUCUACUACAUCCCCAAAGCUUCUUUAGCGGCUGUGAUCAUCUGUGCAGUAGCUCCUAUGGUGGAUUACCGCGUUGUGGCCAAAAUGUGGAGGAUACGCAAGUUGGACCUGCUGCCCUUUGCUGUGACAUUCCUGAUGAGUUUCUGGCAGGUGCAGUACGGCAUCAUAGGUGGUGUUGCUAUGUCUGGAGUCCUGCUACUGUACAACAUGGCCAGACCCCGAGUAAAGGUGUCUGAUCAUGGGAUAUUGGUGAUGGAGCUGGGCAGUGGACUCAGCUUCCCUGCCACUGAGUAUCUCAGCCACAUCAUACACACUCAGGCUCUGCAGGUCUCUCCUCCACGAUCAGUGGUUCUGGAUUGCCAUCAUGUCAGCGUCAUAGAUUACACCAUCAUCAGUGAAAUCAGAGAUUUGCUCAGUCAGUUUAAACUACGAGGAGUGUGUCUUGUCUUUGCGAGGCUGCAGCCCUCUGUUUUGGAGGUCCUAUUUGCUGCUGAGCUGCAGGGUUUCAGACAUACAGACAGUGUUGAGGCUGCACUGCAGGAGUCAGAAAUUCUCCUUCAUGAAUGAAAUGAACACCAGCAAACUUGAGGUGAUGAGGCUGCAAAAGCAACAAUGCAACAAAAAGGCAAAUGAUGUUUCUGAUCUGAAACAGGGAAGUGAUAAAACUACCUCCACCAACUGACUGCUACCUGUUUCAAGUGGCCAAGGCAUGACCUUUUUUCAGUGAAAGGACCUUUGAAGAUCUUUAUCUUGUCUGUAAACUUGACUUGUGGUGGAAUUACAGCACUGCAUUACCUUUGCACAAUGUUGGACCAGAUUUAUUAUAGCAUUGUUCAUGUUUUUAUGGAUAUUUUGUCUUUUAUAUAAAUGAAGAAAUAAUGUUGCCCCAGUUUUUUUUUUUUUUACUACUUUACUCUGCUAUGUUUUGAGGAUCAAAGGUAAAAGUUUGGCUGUGACAUGAAGUCUGGCUGCCAAAUGUCAACAUUUGUGUGUGAGAGCAAAGCUUUACCGGCAAAUAAAAUGUAUCAUUCAUUUAUCUCUGUACAAGUAUAGAUAAGGGUGAGGAGAUGGAUUUAUCUAGUUUUUAUGUUGUUUCUAGGAGAGAGGGAAAAUUAUUUUAAUUUAUUAAUAUUAACGAUGCUCUAAAUGACAAAUUAUCACAUAUAUAGUGGGGUUUUUACAGAAUAAAAUGUUUCAGAUUUCA